AGCCGGUAAAAGGUCAUCAUCAAUGGUCCAUCACAGAGAAAGAGAAUUUGUGAGUGGUGUAUAUUUCUAUAUGAAUUUGGAAUGAACAAAAUUGAAACCUUCCUUUGAACAAAGAAAGUGAAAAGUGAAUGUUCCUUAGUCUUAGUUUUAGUUUUUUUUCUUUCUUCUUUCAAUUUCAACUCAAAUUAUUAUUAAUUAUUACUAUUACUAUUACUAUUGCUUCCAAAUUUUGCUACAAAAAUGGAAUUUGAAGAAGAUCAAGAAGAACAAGAGGAAGAGUUAUGUGCGAGUUAUGACUCGUUACCUAACUCAUCCCGAGUUAAGAUGCCAGGUGGAACUGAACCUAUCAUGGUGUCUCAGCCACUCAGAAACAUCAUGGUUAACAACAACAACAACGGAAACAGUAACAUCGGUGUCGGAAACGGAAAAUCAAGGUAUAGAGAGUGUUUAAAGAAUCAUGCUGUCGGAAUUGGUGGUCAUGCUCUCGACGGUUGCGGCGAGUUUAUGCCAGCUGGAAAUGAAGGAAGUUUGGAGUCUUUAAAAUGUGCUGCUUGUAAUUGCCACCGUAAUUUCCAUCGCAAAGAGACCACGGAUAUUAUCACCGGUGGUGGUGACCCUUUUCUGUUGACACAUCAUGGUCACCACCCACCACCUCCGCCACAAUUUGCGGCAUACUAUCGUACCCCGGCCGGGUAUUUGCAUGUUUCUGGACAGCAGAGGCCGGGGACACUUGCUCUGCCAUCCACCUCCGGUGGAGGUGGAGGGACUCAGAGUACGAGAGAAGAGCAAGAAGAUGUUUCGAAUCCAAGUGGUGGUGGGUCUAGUAAGAAGAGACAUAGAACAAAGUUCACACCGGAGCAGAAAGAUAAGAUGUUGGAAUUAGCUGAGAAAUUGGGUUGGAGAAUUCAGAAACAUGAUGAAGGUUUGGUUCAAGAUUUUUGCAAUGAAAGUGGUGUUAAGCGUCAUGUUCUUAAGGUUUGGAUGCAUAACAACAAACACACUCUUGGUAAGAAGCCCUAGAACAAUGAAAAAUAAAAAACCCAUUAAUAAAAUUUGAAACUUUUCUUUCUUAGGGUUUUAUUCCCUUUGUCAUUUGAGGAAAUGGGUGGUAGAAGUGGCAUGGAAGGGAAUAUUAUAUUAUAUAUUAUUUAUGGUACUUAAUUUGUGUUAGUGUUUAAGAGUUUAGGUAAUUAAGAUUAAGAUUCUAGUACUUUAAUUUAAAUUAGAGGAUCUUAUUAUUGUUGAUGAACUAAUUUGAUGAUUUUAAUUUUAAUUAGACUUUUGGUCAUUAUGAAUUAGUUUUAUAUGUACAAUGUACAUGUUCUAGUUCUAGUGUUGUGUUAUGGUGGUGGUGGUGUUGGUGAAUGUGGAUGACAUCAUGGUAGUAGUUGUUGUUGAAGGUUAAGGUUAUGUUAUGCAUGAAGCUAAAAAUAGAUGACCCCUCUAGAUUAA